UGAUUUACGAUUAUGCAAACCUGUAGAAUAUUUUAAAUUUUCUAAAAAUAAUGAAAUUUAUGGUAUUUUACCAUUUAUAGCACCUGAAGUUUUAAGAGGUCAACCUUACUUUUUAGCUAGUGAUAUUUAUAGUUUUUCUAUGAUUAUGUGGGAAUUUAUAUCUGGAAUUCUUCCAUUUAAUAAUCAAGCUCAUGAUUUUCAACUUAGUUAA